GGCGGCGGCGGCAGCCGGGAGGAUCCGGCAGCCUGAGCUGAGGGAAGCGAGGCAAGGAGAGGAGGGGCUGCGUGUUUCCGGAAGACGUGGCGGCUGCUGCUACCGCUGCUCGCUACUGAGGCGGCUUCGUUCGUCUGGUCGCUCUUCCGCCGCCGGCUCCCGCCUUUCCCCCUAAGAGUCCUGUCAGCGCGCACUCCGCGCUGCUCCUGCCGUCGCCAUGAUUUCCCUCACGGACACUCAGAAAAUUGGAAUGGGUCUCACAGGUUUUGGAGUGUUUUUCCUUUUCUUUGGAAUGAUCUUAUUUUUUGACAAAGCACUUUUGGCUAUUGGGAAUGUUUUAUUCGUGGCUGGCCUGGCUUUUGUGAUUGGUUUAGAAAGGACAUUCAGAUUCUUCUUCCAGAAACACAAAGUGAAAGCCACAGGCUUCUUUCUGGGUGGUGUACUUAUAGUUCUUAUUGGCUGGCCCUUGAUAGGAAUGGUCCUUGAAAUUUAUGGCUUCUUCCUCUUAUUCAGGGGCUUUUUCCCUGUGGUGGUUGGUUUUAUUAGAAGAGUGCCGGUCCUUGGAUAUCUCUUGAAUUUACCUGGCAUUAGCUCACUUGUAGAUAAAGUUGGAGAAAGCAACAGCAUGGUAUAAUGGCAAGUGUGACGAAGACUGGUUCUAAACUUAUAAUAUUAUUUAUAAGGUCCUUCUGAAGAAAAGAUCAGCACAAAGAUUCUCUUGUGUACAGAGGCAAAGUUUGUAACGGUCCUGACGUAAGUUUUUAAUUUACACCAUAGUCUGCAAAAUACAUUUUUAGCAAAGAGCAAGUGUGCAGCCAGGACUUUCAGCACCAGGAAUUCUGUGAAUUGAACUGAAGAAAAAGUCAUGGGGAAACCCAUGGUAUUAAAACUGUUCAAGACUACUUAAUGCUUUUGGGAUAUGAGCUAAAUGCAGCAACUUCCCCCAUGGAACUAACAGUGCCUGUAACUUUUACCUCCUACUUUUGAAGGUGUAGCAGAGCAAAUAGGAGUCACCCUUCUCUCUUUCUUCCUGCCAAACUUCCUCCCCUUUCUCAAAAAGAAGGUAAAUCACCCCCUCCUACAUUUUUUCUUCUGCUGAAAGCAAGAGUUCCCGUAAGCAUGAUGCGCAGUGUGUUUUAAGAUUGAUUGCAGUCUUUACUGUGUGCGAUAGCAGAGGAUUCCACUGCACGAACAUGCCAUAUAAACCAUGUAAAUGUGUGGCUGAAAUACUGCUUUGUAGGAAAAUGUUUAAAGCCAAAGGUAAAUUCAGAUUGGGUGUGUAUUUACCUUUUGGAAUAUGCAAAAACUAAUUAUUUUUUGUACUAAACUUCAGUCUUAAACUACUCAUGGUUUUAAUAUCCAUUUAGUUUGGCAGGGAACCAAUUUUACACUCCUUUUUGACUGGUUCUCCUUGAUACAUGUUACAUCUAUUUAUCACAAAAAGGAUAGAACCCUUUCUUACUUAAUACGUUUUGUGUGCAUCAUGUUUAGCUCCUGAAAGUUUAAGUUUUAAGGCUCAACACAUUUUAUGAACUCAGACCUCCUCAGCUAGCCGAACCUCUGAAAAGACACUUCAUUCCUGAAUAUUCCUGCUCUCUUGUCUGCAGCUAAUGUAACAUCCUGUUUUGUACACUGGCAAAGCACCUGGCUAUGUCACAAAGGCACUAAGAUUUGGGCAUCCUAUCCUUGUUUUAGGAGAGCAUGUUACAAAGCUAAUUUAUUAUGUAAAUAACUUUUUCUGAAAACUAAGUACAAAAACAUUAAGUAUGCUGGGAGGAAGUCUUGGAGAAUUGUAUUAUAGCAGCAUUGAUCAAGUGCCACAUCUCAAGGCCGUUUUUUAAAAAUUGCUGUGGCUUAAUUUUUUUCCUAUCCCAGCAUUUAGGAAGGAUGCAUAUUUCAGCACCUGAAGAGUUUCUGGGCCACUUCAGACAUUCCACUGAAGUGGGAAGUGUGAAUUGACUUAUACUGGGACAGAACUUGCUUUGUCCCCAUUGCCCCGAAGAAGAUGCAGAUAUAUAAUGGAAAGGAAGCGCAGCUAUUUCUGCUUCCCACCAUGUCUGCGGAAUGUCUGAUUGUGGCUCUUGUACAAAUAUCUAGAUCGAACUGGUGUUUGUGGGCAAAGCUGCAUAUAAGCCCCCAUGAGGAUGAACAUCUAUCAACUGACUUGCGUGACUGAUUUUGAAACACUGGUAUAAACCACUCUUGUCUGCUAAUGACAGAAGUAGCCAUUUUAAUCGAAUGAGUGAUUAUUUAAAUAAACAUUUUUAGUUGUGGUAAGCCAGUUUUUUAAAAAAAUACUUUGAAAAAAUAAUUGAUGCUUCUGGUUGAAAGAGCAAUCUUUGCAUGAGCUUCCCCAUUUUGCUCGUUUCCUCUUGAAGAAAGAAAACUGUCUCUUAGGAAAUGCAAUAGAUUUUGGGGGGUUUUUUGCCAAAAAGCUCUGAAAUUGGUUUUCUUCAGUCCUGAAGCCAUUUGUGUACCUCCAUAUCAAUCUCACUGUGACAGAUGUUGCUGCCUGUAAAAAAAAAAAUGGUUCCGGGGUUCCAGCUGCAAUUCUGAAAAAAAUUAGAAUGCAGAUCCUGUUGAAUCAAAUGGGACACACUUAUGAAAUAAGGUUUUGCAGCUCAAACUUUUUUCCUGGUGCUGUGUAUGCACUACUGUUUAAGCAGAACACCUCUGGCAUAUGCUUGAUAAUCCUCACAUGCAGGUUUAACUGCACAGGAGUGCAUUCGUGAGUCAUUCCUGUAUCUGAAAUCAAUUAACCCAUAUUUGGGGCUACAAGGGAUACGCUUAAGCUUUGGAGCAACUGAGAAUUCAUACAUCAUUCCUAGAGCUGUAAUAGGGGCCUGUUCAGGUGUUGCUUUGACUUUGGGAUUCUACCUAGGAAGAGUUCUGGAGCAGGUCUCAGAUUUCGGUGUUCUCUUCCUUGCCCCUCACUUAUGAGGAGUAGGAACUAAAUGGAGAACCAUCUAUGCUCCUGAUUCAGCCAGGUAUUACCAAGUUAGGGAGCUCCUAUGUUCAGAUAAAUGCCAAAUUUUCCUCCUCUCUUCCUGCAGUUAGGGGAACAGGAGGAAACUGCUCCUGCUGGGUACAAUCUCAUAGAGAAAUACUGUCUAAAUGCACCCUUAGGUUAAUCAUGCCCAUGUCAUGUUCUCAUGGCUCUGGUUUCCUUGCAAGUUGGACGGACCUAUGUUGUUAAAUAGUGAAUGGUGGUACCACUGUAGUCCUCUAGAAAGUAAAAGCGAAGACAAUUGAAUUCUUAAAAUGGCCCAAUUUGAUAGAAAUCCUGCCAUUUUGUGGCAAGCAUUGCGUUAAUCUUUAAGCGCCUCUUUAAAAAGACAGCAUGGGCAAAAGUGGUCAAGACACACAAACCACCCAGUACAAUUCUUGUUUUGACUUCCCACAGCCCUGUGUGAUUAGAAAGGCAUGCAGAUUACUUCUGCACACAAAAAUUGUUGCAGGACUUUAAGAGUGGGCAGUACCUCUCUCACUGCCCUUUGGCAAAAUGGAAUGUUCUUCAAAAGUAGGCUCCCUUCUGACUAAUAUGCUGAGUUCAGGGGAUUCCAAAGAUCUAUGUUGGAGCAACAUCCUGAAGCUUCUCAAGGCUUUGACUUGUAAUUGGUAGCAGAGAUAGGCUAUGAGCAGAGCAUAAGACCUGCAAUUUUCAAGGUAAUGCGCCUUGGCAAAUACAAAAUAUAUAUAUUUUGUGAUGUUGGUAUUAUGAUAGAGGUCAAAAUUAAUUUGUGCAAAGUUGGUAUUAUGAUAGAGGUCAGAACAACUUCUUAGCCUUAAGGCCACUAUCCUAUGUCUUUUACUUGGGAGUAAGCACACUGAACUGUGUGGGGCUUACUUUCAAGUAUGACAUGCAUAGGAUUGGGCUGCAUGUGUUGUAUUCUUUCGCAGAAAAAAAAUCUGUAACAACAAAAUACAUUUUAUCGCAUUUAAAUGUAAUUCUUUAUUGCUGCUGUAAGAAUCACAUGAGAAUCUUGUCCUGGGGGAAAAAAUACUGUAAAUACACUUGUCAUACCUUGAAUAAAUGGGUACUUUUUCUAUUAA